AUGAUUGAGGAAAAGAAAGACUUUUUCCCGGGCUUCAGCGCCUUGUCUGAGCAGGUCUACAUCCGCCACCCCGACGAACAAAAUGAGGCUGUGAAGCGCCCAACCGAUCCCCGGGCCGUCCUCAUCUACUCAUGGGGCGAUGGACAGCCAAAGAACUUGGUCAAGUAUGCAGACGGAUACCGGAAUCUCUUCCCCUGCUCAACGCAGAUCGUCGUGCUGGCCCCCAUCUCAAAGGCCAUGUGGUCAAACCUCGACCAGCGCACGCUAUCCAUGAGACCCGUCAUCGACGCCAUCUUCCCGAAGGAAUCGGAAGAUGAUAAAGACUCUCAAAAAGUCGAGGACCGUGUGCUGGCUCAUAUCAUGUCCAACACUGGAGGUAUCAACUACGCGGCGACGUUGAAUGCCUACCGUCUUGUCCACGACAAGCCGAUGCCGCAUCACUUGCUGGUUCUCGAUUCUACGCCCGGAAGCGUCAUCAUGACUCGCGAGAACUUGGGCCGCUGGUCGCGCGCCAUGGCCCUGGGCACUGCAAACUGGUUCCCCUGGCCAUUUGCCGUCACACAAACGCUUUGGGCUGGAUUCCUCUGCGGAAACCGCUUCAUCGAAUGGGUCAUUGGCAAGGAGCCCGCGCCAGCAUUCAGUGUCAAGGCGGUGAUUAACCCAUACUACGAGACCAAGGAUACGCGACAUUUGUAUAUUUACAGCGAAGAUGAUGAUAUCAUCCCGUAUCAGGACAUUGAAGAACACAUUGCACAGGCACGGAAAAGGGGAUACAAGUCUGAUAAUCACAUGUUCAAGGGAAGUGGCCAUGUGCGCCACAUGCAAAUGUUUAAUGAAGAGUACUGGGGAGCUAUCGGAACGUCGUGGAACAGAGCGACGAGCGAGCCUUCUGAUGAGGCGUAA